AUGAUGUUUCCUGAUAUUGAAGCAUCAGCUAAAAAUUAUUCUGUUCAACGGUGUGCUGCCAAAGCAGCUGAUUUUGAUACAUUUGAGCUAGCUAAAUUUAUAGACGAACAAUUUUUUAUGCUAACUAUUAUUAAAAAAGAUGCUGAUGAUUCAUUGAUUCGCUCAGUUAAAUCCUGCCGUAUUGAUCUUCGAAGAUGGGGCGCUUGUUUCGAUUCUAAUUCGCAACGUCCCUACUUCAAAGAUUCAUAUUACUUAAUAAGUGAAGAUGCACAGCCAAAAUGGCAAAUACCUACAAUUGGGACAUCAAUUAUUCUUAUCUUUCAUGAUGAGAGUAUCUUCCGAAGUGGUGAGGUGUCAGCUAAUUGCUGGUUAUAUGGUAACCAGGCGCCAUUUUAUUCCGAAGGACGUGGCAGAUCUAAUAUGCUAUCAGAUUUUUUGGCUAUGCGUAAUUCAGGUUCAUUUUUUCAACUGAGCCUAACUGAAUAUGAAAAAGCAUUACAAAAAUAUUCAGAAUUAAAAGAUGAACAAGAUAUUGAUUAUAUAGAACAUUCUGCCACUGCAUCUAUGCACGUUGGUCCUGAUGCUUAUUUUGAUAAUUCAACAGUAUUAACACAAUUUGAGAGAUUAUUUUAA